ACACAAACACCAUAUACCCCCUGGGCAGGUAUGUAAGAAGCCCCCAGUGAUAAUGAGGGACCCCCCAGAGCCUGCCUGCUCCACCCUCUCACAUCCCCUCAAGAUAGAAAAGCAGCAGGAGAAGCUUUAGCUUCAGGGUCGGAGGGAAGCAGGAGCCAGGCAGUGUUUUCCUUCAGCCGCUCCUCCGCCCAGUCAUGGGGACUUUCAAUCUGUGGACAGAUUACCUGGGUCUGGCAAGCCUGGUGGGGGCUCUGCAUGAGGAAGAGGAGCCUGAUGUCAGGCUGGACCCCAAGCCAGAGCCCAAGCCGAUUCCAGAAAGCCGGAAAGCCAGCAAGGAAUCCUCAACAGCUGAACGCUUGUGCUCAUUCUGCAAGCACAAUGGCGAGUCCCGGGCCAUCUAUCAGUCCCACGUCCUGAAAGAUGAGGCGGGCCGGGUGCUGUGUCCCAUCUUGAGGGAUUAUGUGUGUCCCCAAUGUGGGGCCACUCAGGAGCACGCCCACACUCGACGCUUCUGCCCACUCACCGGCCAGGGCUACACUUCUGUCUACUGCUACACCACCCGGAACUCUGCCGGCAAAAAGCUGACCCGGCCUGACAAGGCAAAGACCCAGGAUGCUGGCCACCGCCCAGGAGGAGAAACGGCAACAGGUUCCAAAAGUGGCAGGAAGCCCUCUGGACCUUCACCUUCGGCCUGCAGUCCCUCCACUACGGCCUAGGAGUCGGAGUGGGGAGGUCCAUGGGGUACCCUUGCCAAGGGUCUGGACACAGGCAUGCUGGAGACUGGACUUGCUUAGGACUCUGAGGCUGGCCACAAGCUUGUUGGAAAUCGCUGCCCUUCCCCUGCCCCAGUCUCGCUUGUGUUGUUGGAUCAGUACCCAAUAAAUGGAGAGGAGUGGAGCCUGGUCUU